UGUAACUUGGUUGCGUUUACAUUAUCAUUUGACUGUACGCGCGAUGUUUUUCGCGGGGAAUCUUCAAGAAGGCAUCGCCCUUGCUGUUCAGCAGCAGAAAGCAGUUGUCUGCUUCGUGCGAGACGACGAAGAAACAAGUACACAAUGGGAGGAGCAAUAUUUCAAGGAUGACGAGUUUGCGCGUGUCCUCGCCGAGAGAUCUGUCCUUUUGCGCCUCGCCAAGGAUGCUCCAGAAACGGGCUUCUUGACGUCCUUUUGUCCCGUUACUAAGUAUCCGACUGUUGUGGUGAUCUUGAAUGGCAUGCUUCGCGAAUAUAUCAUCCCGGAGACGAACAAGGAGGAUUUCCAGCGGCGGUUGAGGGAUGUUCUUGAGGAUAGGAAGGAUGCGACUGCGACUGCAUCUGCUACGGGGGUUGCUCAGGAUCAGGCCCAGAGCCCGCAAUCUCAGCCUCCGGUAGGCACUUCGACUGGGGCGGCCGCAGCGACGACUUCAGCUUCAGCUCCGGCCCCGGCUCCGGUUACUACAGACACAUCUGCGCCUGCGCCCGUUCAUGCGCCUGCUCCUGCACCUGGCGCAAAUCCUGCUUCGAGCUCAUCUCAGUCUGAAACGCACAAUACAGAAACAAGGCACCAGUCGGGACCGUCGCAGAGCGAGAAUAUACGUUUGGGGGAGAGGAGCUUCAAUGUCGCUAGGACUGACAAUGCGCAAAAGUCGGCUUCAAAACCUGCGCAACGGAAGUCGGAACAGAAGCCGGAACAGAAGUCACAGGAGUCAGAGAAGAAGCCAGAGAAGUCACAGCAAAAGCCACAAAAACCGCAGAAGGAAAAGGAAGUGAAGCCGAUUCCCAAGCCUUCAGGCCCCAGUACAACAGAUCGUUCCGAGCAAAAGCCUAAGCCUCCUCGGGGUCCUCCUACAGAAUAUCGUCUCCAAGUGCGGUUGUUCGAUGGUAGUUCCGUGCGGUCAAGCUUCUUGCCUUCACACACUAUCCGCGCGAAUGUCCGUCCGUGGCUUGAUGGUCAAAUGGCGGACGAGAAACGCCCGUAUAACCUCAAGCACAUCAUGACGCCAUUGCCCAACCGAACGUUGUCCAUUGCCGAUGAGGAGAAAUCCCUUGAUACGCUUGACCUCGGGCCCACGGCCAAUUUGGUCAUGAUCCCCAUCAGGACUUAUACGGAAGCAUAUUCUUCGACCGCUAGUCUUCCUGUCCGAGCGGUGUCCACCGUAUACGGACUUGUUUCGUCCACGGUGGGCGCAGCCACCGGUCUAGUCGGGUCGUUUCUAGGAUACGGUCAAACUACACCAGCCCCGUCCCAGUCUAGUCCUGAUCCUUCCACCUUAUCGCAGACGGGAUCCAAUGCAGCAGGGCCACGGCCCACACCACCUACGGGCCCGAGAAUUAGAACGCUACAAGACCAACGCAACGAAGAAGGAGACAAGCAGUUUUACAAUGGGAAUCAGCUCAAUUUUGAGCCUCGGAAAGAUGAUGAUGACAGGUAGUGCGCAUGGUGGGCGAUGGACUUGUACUUUAGCUAGCACAGGGCGUUGAGCGUUUCGAUUCAUCUUACUUUUUCUUCCACAGUUGCAGUGUCUCUG